AUGGCACCGAAUCAUCCGCGUUUCGGACCCUUUGGAGCCCAGGUAGGAAAUGAAUGGAAUGAUGGAACACACAACGACGUAAGGAAAAUUAAAAUACGCUAUGGUGAAAAAUCAGUGAUCUACUCCAUCCAAUUUCAGUAUCUGAACCGAAAGCCAAUAUGGAAUGACCAGCACGGUGAAAAUGGUGGAGAUCAAAAAGAAGCAUUGGUCGAAUUUCAACAGAAUGAACAUAUCGAGUCAAUCUGGGGCUACUAUAGUUCAAAUUCUGGAGUUGAAUGUGUUCAAUCUCUCACAAUUAAAAGCACUAGCGAACAAACAUGGGGACCAUAUGGCACAGAGAAGGGAAAAUAUUUCAAAAUUCCAUCCACACGUAAUUGCAAAAUUGUAGGAUUCUUUGGAUGGUCUGGUGACUAUCUUUAUUCCCUUGGAGCGCUUUUCCAUCUCUCAAAUGCACAAUUCAUACGACGCAAAAUUGUUGGGCCUCUGGGAGGCUACAGUGGAGUUCAUUGGGACGAUGGUAUUCACAGUGGAGUGAAGAAGAUUACCAUAUGGGCCGAAGAAUUCGUUAAAUCCAUACAAAUUGAGUAUUCUGGCAAUAGUGGACCGCUUUGCACGCAUGGAGAAAUUACUGACGGAAACCCUGAUCCGAUUCCAUUUAACGAAGACAAUGGAUAUCUGGUUUCCAUCGAGGGCUUCUAUAAUUCGGAUUCUGCAAUAGGUGCGAUUCAGUCACUCACAUUUCAUACCAGUACAGGAGAAUCACAUGGACCUUUUGGCACUGAAAUAGGGAAACAUUUCAAGUUUCCAUCACCAGCUUCUUCCAAGAAGAUUAUUGGACUCCAUGGAAGGUCCGGUCCUGAUCAUCUUGAGUCAAUUGGUGCAUAUUACGAACCAGCUGAUAACUUCACACCUGUUGGACCAGAAGGUGGGAAAGGCGGAAUUGGAUGGGAUGAUGGCAAUCAGUACAGUGCGGUGAGGCAGUUAAUAAUACAUUCAGAUCAUGACAAUGAGCACAGUGCGGUAAUUAACUCCAUCCAAAUUGAAUAUGAUGAUGAAUUUGGAAUCUCCGAGUGGUGUAAGAAACAUGGUGGUGAAAGCAAAGAGGGUACCAAACCCACCAAGUUCAUACUAGACCAUGACGAAUAUUUGACUUCAAUUGGUGGGAUCGUCAGGCAGUAUGGUGAUGUUGAUUGUGUUGUUUGCUCCCUUACAUUUCAAACCAACAAGAAAACAUUUUCAACAGUUGGUGUGCAAGGAGAGGUUAAUAGUUUCGAGCUUUCUGAAAAUGGUAAGAAGAUCAUUGGAUUUCAUGGGAGGUCUGGAGAUUGGCUUGAUUCCAUCGGGGCACAUCUUGGGCCAAUUUAGAUGACCCAUCCAACCUUUGAGCCACUUUAUAGCUGCUACUUAUGUAUUAAUUAGACCAAUAAACCAGUGUUUGCAUGCAUUGGAUGUGUGAGAAUAAUGGAUGCUCUGUGUUGUCCCUACUAAAGCUAGAUAGGCCAAAGUAGUGAAGGCAACACAAAGUUGCUUCCAAGUGUGUGAUUUUAUUGUGUGCUAGCUACAUACGCCUGUAUGUUUGGUUUGAUGUUGUAUCCAUCUUGUAAAAAUAUGUUGUCCCUGAUUUUGUUUAUAAAUAAAAGUUGGUGUGUUUUAAUAUUA